AUGACUGUCAUGAGCGCCCGCGUUCCAAGUGGCCAAAAGGAUGAUGCGGCGUUAGGCGGUUCUGGAUCUGCGAUCAAAACCCCAGCGCCUCCAACCGGGACUGCUUCUGAAGCAGAGGAGAUCACUCAAGCGGGAGCGGAACAGGUGGAGGGUGCGGUGGAAGGAGGAGAGAGAGAGAGGCAGGGAGGGGCUGAGGCAAAAGGUUGGGAAGGAGAGUUGCAGAGAGCUGGAGUCCCUGUUCUGAAGGGAGCCGUCGCCGGCGCACUUCUCUUCGCCGCCAUCCCCAUCUCGUUUCGCGUCUUCGUCGGGCCGCCGCGCCGCCGCUAUCCUUUCGACACGUUAACCUGGUUCAAAACACUCGAGGCGGCCUACAGAAUGGCCACAGGUGGAGCGGUUGUUGGCGGGACUAUAACCACCGCGGUCCUCCUCCUCGGCACCAUUAAAAAAGAUUACCCAUCAAAGGAUGCCGGGCGCUCCAAGGGAGCGUGUAUGCGAUAA